GAACCGACUCGGACGACGGCGCGCAAAGAUGGAGCCGCAGGCCGCUGGGAGUAUGGACGCCGAUACCAGCAAGAAGGAGACCGGCAGCAAGGCCGAGACCGGGACCAACGUUCCUCCGAACCCCAUGGUCCAGCCGAGCAUUCAGCAGGGCAACGCGCCCGGGUCAGGACUGAUUGUCGAAAACCAUGAGCUCAGAACCGGUCGGUGAGCGAGGGUGAAACGGUGACUCAUGCGGAGAGGGGGGAAACACGGAAACAGGUCUUUUCAUCCACUCAUUGUCUGUCACAUCGAUCAGCUGCCAGUGGGGGAGCCCCAGGCGAGAAGAUCCUCCGUUACAUCGACGACCCUGAGCGCCCAUACGACUAUGGCAAGGCGGACAGGGCCCGGAACUACUGGAUGUGCCACGACUUCAAUGUGUGCUGUGGGUGCGUCCCCCGAGUGCGGAGGGACUCGCAAUUUGUGAUCUGAACGAAAGGGUCGGCUAGGCUUGCUUGGUUCCUUGAGAUACUUACUGGGUUGAUGUGGGUUGGUUGCUUGGGUGUGUGGCUCUGGG